AUGUCACCUUCAAGUCAGCCGAAGCGAGAACUCCAUUUUGUCACCGUGUCGUCCAUCAGGUCAGCCUCGAGUACAAGUCCAGAUCCAAAGCAACGGAAGUCACUGCGCUCCUUUGUGAUGCAAGACUACCUGAGACAGAAGAAUGAUCCUAAUUGGCAUUUCGCUCCAGCAAAGGUAGACACCCAAAUCAGCUCACAUAUUUAUCGAUUCCGCAGCUCCAGGCCAGCAUCAUCAUCAUCCCCGGACAGGAAAAGGACGGCCAAAGCGAGGAGGCCACGGGAAGCCCAUGCUGCCUCAAGACAACCGAGACGGUUGCUCCCCGCGGGUGCUCAGUCUACACAGACUGGACAAUCUAAAGUUCGAGACGUUGUCCAGAGUCCCCGAUCACACUCACGUCUUCAUGACCUCGACAUGCUCGACCCCUUUCAGACGUUAUCGAUCGAUCUUUCCGACCCCGACACGGUGGACCUCCUUCAAUACUACCACAGUUCGUUCUGGGCCAACUCCUAUGCUUGCAACCCUGAAGGGCGUUGGAUCUCAAUCGCCCUGAUGGAUCCAGCCAUCAUCCACGCCACACUUUGCUUGGUGGCCAUCCACAGGAGAGACAUCUUCUCGAUCAGUCUCUCCAAGGACUAUUUCAACCAUCGCGGCCUCGCAAUGAAAAUCGUCGCUGGGCGACUCAAUGACCCAGCCCAGGCCGUGAGUGACGCCACCGUUGGCGCCGUUGCUAUUCUCUCAAGCUCAGAUCAUCACUUUGAAUGGCCGGACGACGUGCAAGAAACACACGCGGUCGGCUUGGCCGAGUUGGUGGCUUUACGGGGCGGCAUCGAGAAGUUGACCUCGAACAGACACGUUCAGCGAGUUACUGGUUGGGCAGACCUCCUACAAUGCGCCAUGCAUGGAACGAAGUUGCGAAUGAAGCUUCCGUCAAAUCUCGGCAACGCUUCGCCUGUGGACGUCGAGGCCGAACAUGACAGGAUCUCCACACAACGUGUUCCUGGUCUCGUCUUGUCUGGAAUGCACCCUCGUCUCGCCUCCAUCCUGGGUCUCCUUCGCCGUCUCGCGGCUUUAAAGGCUGAUCUCCUCGACAAGCGCAGUAUGGACCUCUGUCAAUCCUUUAGCGACUUGCUCUGGAAGCUUGAAUACACUAUUCUGGAGAAGCAGGACCAGACUGGUCGUGAAGAUCCCACAGAGUCCUCCCUGGUCCAUGUCGGGCACGAGCUCUGCGACUCUGUGGGGCGUGCGGCACUUAUAAUGUCGUACUCUCACCUACGAGAUUUGGCGGCACCGAUACUCUACGACAAACUAAGUGCACGCUUGAGGAGCACGCUGUCCACAGCCACCUCACAGACUUAUGCGCGCGGGCUCCUCGUCGACAGUGAACUUGCCGUGCUGCUGUGGGUGUUGAAUUUAGGACUGCGAGGCUCGAAGCGAAACCUCGGUGACAAACUUUGGUUUGCAGGGGAGAUGGCCAGAGUGUGCUGGAACAACGGUGUUCUCUCGCUGCCUGAUUUGCACGAAAGAACCCAGAGUGUCGUGCCACAAGCACAAGAGGCUCUGGACAUGACGGAGCGAAAUUGGAGAAUGGUGGAAAGUCUGAUAUGGUUAGAGAGCGAGGAAACAUGGUGA